AUGUCUUCUUUUGAGCAGAUUGCAAGUUUGACUGUUUCUGUUGAUUACCACAAGGAAAGACUCGAUGUCUUUCUAUUUGAUUGUUUCUUCAAGGAGAGACAAGUUUCAAAAUCAUCACUCGGAAAGACAAUUCAAUAUUCAAAUGGAGAAAAUUCAAAGUACAGAUUUUUAUAUAAUGAUGAGGAGACUAAUAAGCCUGCUCUCAAAUUACGACAUGGUGAUGUGGUUAUUGUGAAGGAAAGAAAGGAAAAGACAACAACAGCCUCUUCGGAAUCAUCAAGUUCUGAACAAUUAUCAGUAGCCAGUAAUACUACAGAGGAAAAUGCUGCUUCCUCAUCAACUACAAGUGAUGCAAUCAUGCCAGAAAACAUUCCUCUCAACAUUCUGUUUGAAGAUGAUUUUCUCAUUGUUUUGGAUAAGCCUAAAUUCAUGACAGUGCAUCCUUCUUUAAAACCAAAACCAAGAAAUACUACUGGAACUUUGGUGAAUGCUCUCUUAUUCCACACAAAUGGAAAAUUAUCUACUUGUGGAAGCUGUGAAGAACAUUACAGACCUGGUAUUGUUCACAGAUUGGAUAGAGACACUAGUGGAAUUAUGGUUGUUGCCAAAGAUGAUGAAACUCAUUUGGCAUUGAAGAAAUUAUUCGAAAAUAAGAAUGUAGGAGAUGAAAAUAAUGAAGAUAAAAUAACCAGAUACUACCAAGCCCUUGUAGAAAAUGAAUUGAACCAAUCAGAAGGAAGAAUUGAAAUUUACAUAAAGAGACAUCACUCCAUGCCAUCCAAGAGAGAGGUAACUAACAAUGCACUAGAAACUGGUGCCAAACUCAGUAUUACUGAAUAUAAGGAGCAAAAAACCUUCCCAGUCAAUAAUUUAACUGGUUGUAAAGUUUUAACACUUGUGAGAUGUAAACUUUUAACUGGAAGUAAGUAUUUGAGAAAUGUUUAA